AUAAUCGCAACGCAUCUAUAUUUUGUCUUCCAGAACUUUACUAUUUUUCUUGUUAUUUGCAAAGAAAGUAAAAAUUGCGCGAAAAUUAAUGCGUGCGACGUAGAUCUUUCCGCUGCGCAAAAAUUAAUAGUAAAGUGCAUCGUGUUCGCCUUCUCUUUCCGCUCACGUCCAAGCCUUGUUUUCGUGGCCUAGUAGUUAAUCCGAUUCCCGGCUAAAGCAUCCGGGACUGUUUAAAUGGUCCCGAAGAACGCAUAUCGGGGUGCUCGCGGUUCAGUUUAAAAACAUCUCUUCAGUGCUGACGACCCAUGGCUGGAAUUUUUAUGUGUGGCAAGUUUUUGAUGUUGCCUUUACCAGACAACAGCUAAGGUGGUUAUAGUUUAAAGGACAAGCAAUAAUGGAUGUUGUUGAUGAGAUUGAGGAUGACCAAAUUAUCAAGCUGGAAUUUGAAGAUGAUGAAACUGAAGACAUGGGCUCUGCACAAGCUUUAGUGACACUUCAUGAUUCAGUCCAAAAUAUGCCAAGAAAACAUAAAUCAGCAUUGCAGGAAGCUGUCCAGGAUGCUUCACCUUUGAAACGGCCUUAUGUACACAAUGAUCAAAGAACAUCACAUGAAAGCUUGGAAUCAUAUGUAGACGUGCAUACUCACGCAAGAAAGCAGUCUUAUCCAUCAAGAAUGCCAGAUGGUGUUUUGGCAAAUGAACCAUACUUUACUGCUGCACAGCAGCGUGUUAUGAAGGGACUUUUAAAUAACAUAAACAACAUCCUCAAGCAAUCUGCUGGUCGCCGUUGGGUGUAUUACGAAUGGUUUUAUUCAAACAUUGAUAGAGCGCUGUUGUUGGGUGAAAAUGACUUCCAAAGUUGCCUUCAACAAAUGUUUAAGAAUAUUAAAAUAAAAAACUUGACGAGAACCCAGUGGUCUAUGAUUCGAAGGCUGAUGGGUAAGCCUAGGCGUUGUUCUCCGGCGUUCUUUCAAGAAGAGAGAGUUUCUUUAGAAGAAAAAAGAAAAAAGAUACGAUACUUACAUCAGUUGAAGGGAUUUGAAGUCACUGACAUGAGUCAAUUCAAAGAUCUUCCAGAAGAAAUUCCAACACCCAUGGUGAUAGGCACCAGAGUGACAGCAAAAGUCCAUCCUGAGGGUGACGGAUUGCGAUUGUUUACGGGUACUGUGGAUGCUGUCGACAACACAAGUAAUGCAUACAGAAUCAAUUUCGAAAGGGAAGGGAUCGGCACGCACUCUGUUCCUGAUGUGGAAGUUGCUAGUGAAGAGUAUGAAGCUAUGAACCUGCAGUUGUUUAUCGUGAAGGAGCGCCCAAAGAUAGUUGGUGCUAGCUCACCACCAGAACCUAUUAUUGGUGGUAUUAGUGGAAGGCGAAGCCGUGAAGAUUUGGUGACAGCAUUGCCAGCUCAAAUACGAUUGGCGGAAGCGCUAAACAACAGAGCGUCUGGUACUUAUGGUGGCUUUCCUGUCCGCUUCUUGAUCUAUUUGACUAAAUUAUCAAAAAUCAUAGCUUUAAAGAGAAAGUACGUUGACAAACUGAAAGAAAUGAAUAGCGAAGCAGAGCGUUGCAAGCCUUUUAAAGACAAUUUUAAAAGGGAGUUCCAAAGGAAUUAUGCGUUCGUUAUUUUAGAGUUAGAAAAAAUAAAUCACGAGUUAAACACAACUUUUAAUAAUUUGCAAGAGUUUAUGAGAACUGUUGCUCCUCAAUUGGGUAUGUUUGACCAGUCACUCGUCAUUAAGCACGAAUGUGACGAAACUGCGACCCAUCUUGUGGAAAGCUCGCAUUGUUACGUGGAAAGCAAACGCAUGAAGACAUUGGUAACGAAAUUGACGUCAUUGAUGCUACAGGUUAACAGUUUUGCGGCGCGAAACAGCGGGACAUUUGAAAUGUCUUCUCUGGACGAAGCUUUACGCGAUAUUAAAAGCACGUUAAACGUAAGUAAUAUACCGUUGUUCGAAGAUAAAGUCGAAACAAACGUUGCGUACAUAAAGAACGACCUGCAAGAAGGCGUAAGCAUGCUCUCAGCUUUUAAUACACGAAAGGUUAAAUCUGAAAAACGCGAAAAUAACGAUGAUUUGACGUCUGAGGAGGAGGAAGAAGAAGAGCACGAUGAGGAAGAGCUUGACAUUGGUAUAAUGUAGGAGAUCGGUAUUCAUGAUACGAGAAAAAAGUUUCACCUAAUGUCUAUUGCUGUAUAGCACGAGUACCUGCGACCGGCUAAAUCAUGGUUAAUCUCUCCACAAGAAAAAUCUUCACGGGGACACUUCUAGCAGACAAUUUAUAUAGCGGACACCUUGCCAACCUUAAAGUUUUCAAUUCGAACUUAUUUGUUUGUUGCAAAGACCCAAUGUUUUGUAAAAAAAUAAGAUUAAACAUCAUGAUGGAGUGAAACACUGUUGAAAUUCGCUGAAACAAGCAAAAAGAAAUUAACUUUCAUAUAUAUAUUGGAAAUUGAGAUUUUUUGAGAGAAAUACUUUUAGGUACUAAAUUA